AUGAUUCUAGAAUUUCAUGUGUUUGGUUUAUUGAAGCUGCAACAGAUGAGAAUUUAGGCUCAAACGAUAAAGUUACACCUUGGAUAACAUUUGAGAAGAUUGAGGUAUUGGGAUCAGCUGAAAAUGAUUCAAUUUGCUCUGAUGGAAAAAUUACACUUGGAUUUGCUCAAGGUUCACUUUUACCAAUCGCAAAUCUUGAAUUGUGUGGAAACAGUUCUGAGGUGAUAACAGCUAUUUAUCCUGUUUCAUUUUCAUACUAUAAUCUCCUCAGUGCCUCUUUCAAUCGUACUCGAGGUUAUCGCGGGUUCGAAGCCACUUAUCACAUGAGUAAAUGUGGUGGAUCCUUGAGUUCAGGUGAAAGUAAUGUAACAUCACCAGGUUGGCCUGAUGAAAACUAUCCGCUUGAUACAGUUUGCGUUUGGACUCUUAUCAAUCAAGAUUAUGGUGAAACUAAUACACAAAUACAGCUCGACUUUAGAUCAUUUGAACUUGAAGACGACUGCUCGAAAGAUUAUUUAGAAAUCUAUGAGUUUGAUGCACGAGGAUUGAAUAAACUCGGUCGAUAUUGUUCCAAAAACAAACCACCAUUCAUAUGGACAUAUAAAAGUGGCAUUUCAAUCGUAUUCAAGAGUGACAAAGACACACCAAGAAAAGGGUUCAUGUUUAACAUAAAAACGAUAAAAAGCACUUGUGGUGGAUACAGAACAAGUGGUCACGAAAACUACGCACGAGCUCUUUCCCCUUACAAAGCUGAUCAACAUUGUGAAUCAAUAUUAGAAGUCGAUCCCAUGUCCCAACUUAAUUUGACUUUUGUCAAUCGAUUUGAAAUCGAAGACUCAGUUAAUUGUUCUAAAGAUUAUCUCGAUAUCAAUGAAUGGAGAAACAACUCUUGGCAUCAUUUCGGUCGAUAUUGUGGGUACAAUUCACCAGGGUCGAUCAUCUUCAAGGAGAAUAGAGGUCAACUUAUAUUCCAUUCAGACGGAGAUGAUCGUCGGGGAGAUGGAUUCGAUUACUAUGUAACGAAAUAUUGUCAAUUAACCAUUGAUAAAAGAGGAAAUGGAACUAUCGAAAGUCCUGAUUAUCCAAAUUACUACGGUAUCAAUUAUUGCGAAUGGACUUUUAAGGGAGAAGAACCAAAUGAUACGAUCCAUGUGCAUUUUAAGCAUUUCGACAUUGAUUCUGAAGAGUCCUGUGAUGGUAAUUAUCUAGAGCUGGUGAAGAAAAGUGCCACAGUUAAAGGAAAUCUGGUUCGGAGAUAUUGUUCUAAGAACUCCCCUAAACAUAUAUCGUCUAAAGGAAGUUUAAAGAUUAUUUCGAUGUCAAAUAAGGCUAGUUUGUCGAAGGGAUUUACCUUCGAUUAUCGAAUAAUUCAAUCUCAAUAAUUCAACUUUGCUAUCUAUCUAAUAAAUUUGACAGUUAUUAGCAUAAAAAUCUGUGAAUAUAGUUCUUUUAAAGUUCUUACACACUAAAUUUACUAGAAGAAACAAGCUAAUAAUGUUACAUAUAACAUUU